AUGAUCAUACACAAUUUUUUAAGUAAGUCUUCUUCUGUAAAACAGAAUAUUGAUAAUGCAGUUGAAGCAAUUGAAAAGUUUAGAUUAGAUAUUAUGCAACACACUCAUUUAUCUGAAAAUAAUUUGAAUCAAAAAAGCCAAGAAUAUUACGACAAGGAAAUGGUUAGUUUAAAAAAUUUGGCCGCUAAGUCGUGCCGAAUGUCAAUCAUAUCUGAUGAGUAUACGUUGUAUAGAAACAGUUGGUAUGUUUUUUAUGUUCUGUUUGUCAUUGAUGAUAUGACAAUAAUCAACCGUCUAUUCGACUUGGUUGUUUAUAACAAUAAAGCUUCUGGCGACAAAUUGGCAACUUUGAUAAAAAAGGUUUUAAAUGAUGGAGGUAUCUAUAUGAUUAAACUGAGUGCCAGUGUUACGGAUGGUGGGUCUAAUUGUAUGGGGAAAAACAUGGGUACUCGAAUGAAAUACGAAAACGGGCAAGAAACAUUCAACUGA